AUGACCCGCCAGAGUCAUUCGAGUCGCUACAAUCAAAGUGUCACAGUCGCUGCAGCCUUCGGGUCUUUGACAUACGGCUACGGAGCUUCCGUCAUUGGCAGCACCAUCGGUCAGCCAGGAUGGUACGCAUUCUUCAACUUGCCUGUGCAGGGUGAAUCUGGUUAUGCCACAACGACUACGAACGCAAUUGCUGCGGCGAACGGCUUGUUCAGCGCGGGGGCUGCUGUGGGCUGCAUCUGGAUCAUGUGGGCAGCCACAGCCCUAGGCCGGAAGCGCAACAUCCAGAUUGGCGCCUUCAUGAGUCUCUUGGGCGGUGCUUUUCAGGGAGGUGCUGCAAAUCUUGACAUGUUCCAAGCUGGGCGUUUCAUUGCAGGCUUGGGAAUUGGGAUUCUCGUGACAAUCUGUCCCAUGUAUCUCUCCGAGCUUGCACCGCCUGAAAGACGUGGCUGGCUCGUGGGUCACCAUGCAAUCUUCUUGGUAUUCGGCUACAUGCUGUCUGCAUGGCUAGGAUAUGGCUGCUACUUCGCAACAGAGGCCAACUCAAGCUUUGCCUGGCGGUUUCCCCUAUGCAUGCAGUGCCUACCGCCGGCCAUACUUGGCACUGCAUCCUUCAUCAUGCCAGAGUCACCUCGGUGGCUGUUACAGAAAGACAAGACUGAACAGGCUUGGGUUAUCAUUCAGCGACUCCGCAAGAAAGCAGAUGACCCGACAGACCUUGUGGCCAAGGAGGAACUCUAUCAAACCAAAGAGCAGCUGGCACUGGAUGCUGCAAAGCUAAAGAAACUCGGCACUACGCCUUGGGGAGCGGUACUCAAGAUCAAAAGCUACCGCAAGCGCAUGAUCAUUGGGUUCCUUACUCAAUGGGGUGCGGAAUUUUCAGGUCCUCUCGUUAUUAACAACUACUCGGUUCUUCUCUAUACGAAUCUUGGCCAAACAGGCUCAAUGCCAUUGCUUCUCUCUGCUCUAUGGCUGACUACGGCUGGUGUCAUCUACAAUCCCCUUGGAGCCUGGCUUCAUGAUCGUGUCAAUUCACGUCGAUGGAUGUUCCUGGUCGGCACAUUUGGCUGCCUGGUUACCACGAGUGGCCUGGCUGGCUGCAUUGCUCAGUAUGCUGGCACGGACAACAAGGCCGGUAACGCUGCUGGGGUAUUCUUCGUCUUCCUCUAUCUCGCAUUCCAAGGUACCGGCCAAGAUACGACAAUGUAUCUGUACGUGUCGGAAAUCUUCCCCACCGAGAUUCGGCCCAUUGGCAUGGGUUUCUCGCUCUUUGGCCAGUUUGCUGCGACUCUUAUCCUCCUGCAAACUGCGCCCAUCGGCUUCGUAACAAUUGGAUGGAAGUACUACCUGGUCAUCAUCUGCUGGUGCAUCGUCUUCAUUCCAAUGAUCUAUUUCUUCUGGCCUGAGACAGCUCGGCUCUCGCUCGAGGAAAUCUCCGCCAAAUUCGGUGAUGAUGUUGCUGUUCAUGUCAACGACGUCUCAGAGGAUCAGCGCAAAGAGCUUGAUGAAUUUCUCCAAACUACGGACGUUGUGCAUAUGGCGAGUGCGCCAGGCUCUAAAGUGUCAGAGAAAGGAGCAACGGCAACGGAAAUUUCUCUCUGUACCUACUCCAAAGGCGAUGAGCGUGCCAAGGAGCACAUCGUUGGUGGUGAUGCGAGAAAUCUUUCGGAUGAUCAGACAAAUCCUGGUAACCAGCAAGCCCACUCACCUCAGCGACCUGGCACAGCCUCCCGUGGACGGGAAAUAAUUGCUUCUGCUGGUCCAUCCAAUGGGCUUGGUGACAGUGGUGCCGCUGACACCAGCCGUCGCCCCACCGGCAGCGACGCCAUUUAUUCAUAUGGUCAUGGGGACGUUGCUGACCACUUUCUGCCGCCUACCACUUUCACCGAUUAUCCUUCUUCAAGUCCUUCGUCGCACGUCAACUGUGGUGGAAAUCUCUUUUAUAGCCAGACUGACGUUCCACUCGAUCAAGCUUUCGCCUCUGGACCCCCAAUCGACACCUUCUCCAAUGCAUACUCCGGCAUGCCACAGGAUUGGCUGAGUUUUGAUCUGCUCGAGUUCUCGGGUCAAUUUCACUCUUCGCAAGAAUCUUUGACACCACCAGAUCUAGCAGUUAUAGGAUCAAGCAUACUGCCGAACUUCAGCUCAGCCAAAGAUGCCAAUGCCGUACUCCAAGCAUCUGUUGCGCCACCUUUCGAAGGUUCCAGCUCCAAGGUACCCGGAACCAAGGAGCCGCACCGUCCCAGUCAGCCUUGGCCUUUCGAACAGUCGCAUGAUCGCAUUCCCUCAAAAUUUCGCCUUCCACCGUUGCGUGACAUGCUCAAGGGCAGCAAUUCUGCCUCGGCAAACGAGAAUUCGCUUUUCGAAGACCUAGCACACCUGCUAUCCGAACCUUGCUUAUCGCACAUUGUCUAUGUGGUAUCCCACGGCAGAUACUCAUCAGCAUUGCACCUCCUCCGACAAGCACUCGAUGCCUACUUCACUCACUUCCAUCCGAUUCUGCCCAUGAUACAUAUACCUACUUGGGACAUGUACAAGGAUCCCACCGUACUCCUAGCCGCCAUGGCCUGCCUAGGAGCAAUGUUUCUCGACAUACCCAACGCUUGGGAUAUAUCACAGGCCCUGAGUGAUAUAUGCUCACGAAUCAUCACCUGGCUAGGCGAGUUAGACACCACGAAGCACCACGACGUCUCUUACCUUAGUGCUUGCUGUUUACACCAAAUUUACUCGCUCGGUUCGGGAAAUCGGUCGCUCUAUCAGAGUGCAGACCGCUCAAGAGGCGCCUUGAUAGGGGGGCUAAGAGGAGCCAGUAUCCUCUGCGCUCGACUUCAAAUCGAGGAUGAUGGUUCUGACCACAAUCAAGCUAACAGGGAGAGAAGCACUUCUGAGCAGAAGGAGUGGCUGGCAUGGCGAGACCAAGAACAGGCCAAACGAUUGGCAUGGAGCGCGUUCGAAUAUGACUGUAGCCUAUGCACACUCACCAAUCGGAGAGGUGCGGUAGGCAUGGGCGAGCUACCUGAUCAUUUGCCUUGCACAGAGCCUCUCUGGGAGGCGCCGUCAGCUGGAGCUUGGCGGGCGCUCUUAAACCAGUCCUCUGUGUAUGCGCGUGGUUUCCCUUCUGCCACACUUAUGCGGAGACUGAUGUCCGGAUAUCCUCCCCCAGCAGAUAUGCCGCCGUGGGGUAAGCGCCUCUGCGCCCAGGUCAUUGGGUGCGUUCUUUGGGAUUUGAAGCAGAUGGAGGUCUCCUGGAUGUCGAGUAACCUUGGACUGUCAUCUCUACAUUUUGCCAGGUUGCAGACGGUAUCCUCUGUCCUCCAGGCAUUCGGAAGCUUGUCGACUUCCAUGAGCAAAGCCACGUGCAUUUCAGAGCUCAUCAGCUACAAUAUCUCACGUCUCAUCUACCACUACUCCCAUCUGUACAGCGCUGAUGACACGCUUGAUCUCGUCGUCUUUGUUGUACGUGGAUCGACUACGUCGUACACGACUGACCACGCCGCCACACGAUCAGCAUGGAAACGCGGCGAGCUCUCCCGCGCCGUGCAACGCCUGAGCUCAAGACUCGCCGGCGAGCCUCGCAAGGUGCGCAAAAUGGUCUGGCACGCGGCGCAAAUCAUCGCCGUCGCGAACGAGUACCUGGUGUCCGCACCAUGUGAGAUCAUGCGCAUCUUCAUGGGCUACAUCUUCAUUAUGGCCGUGUGCCGAUACGGUCCUCAGCCGAGGUCGGCGGAACAACCAGGUCCCGCGCCAGUGCAUCUCGACAUUCUGAGCGCGACUCUCACUCCGCCACGUGCGGUCGCUCAGUGGAUUGGACAUGGCGGGCCAGCUGGACUUGCUGGAAUUCCGGACAUCUGCAACGCCGCCAGUAUUGGACUCGUCAACCAGCAGGCGCAGCACUUGUUGCGGAGACUGCAUGUUUGGGGACUGACGGGCAAGUUUCUCAAGAUUCUGGAUGCGUUCGUGCAAUGCGAUCGCUGA